GGCGGUCACACUUGUUGCCAAAAAAGCGCGCGGCGUGUUUUCGCAAACAAAACAAUUAGCUUAACCCACGGCUUACAUACUUAUUUAUUUAAAUACAAGUGUUAAGCCAUCAUACAACCGCCAUGGGAAUUCUUGGCUUGUCUAAGCUCAUUGCGGAUCUGGCGCCCCAAGCGAUACGCGAAAGUGAGAUUAAGAACUUUUUCGGUCGUAAGGUGGCAAUCGAUGCCAGUAUGUGCCUGUACCAGUUUCUCAUCGCCGUGCGCUCCGAAGGUGCCCAGUUGGCCACCGUAAAUGGCGAUCCCACGUCCCACUUGAUGGGCAUGUUCUACCGCACCAUCCGAUUGCUGGACAACGGAAUCAAGCCUGUAUAUGUCUUCGAUGGAAAGCCCCCAGAUCUAAAGUCCGGUGAGCUGGCAAAGCGUGCCGAGCGGCGGGAGGAAGCGGAAAAGGCACUCAAAGCAGCCACCGAUGCGGGAGAUGACGCCGGUAUUGAGAAGUUCAAUCGCCGAUUGGUGCGGGUAACCAAGGAGCACGCUAAUGAGGCCAAGGAACUGCUCACGCUUAUGGGUGUACCCUAUGUUGAUGCACCCUGCGAAGCAGAGGCCCAGUGUGCAGCUCUGGUAAAAGCGGGAAAGGUCUACGCCACAGCUACGGAGGAUAUGGACGCCCUCACAUUCGGAUCUACAAAACUAUUGAGAUAUCUUACUUACAGCGAGGCGCGGAAGAUGCCCGUCAAGGAGUUUAGUUACGAAAAGCUGUUGGAAGGUCUGUCCAUUAACAGUCGGGAGUUCAUUGAUCUCUGUAUUCUGCUGGGUUGCGAUUACUGUGAGAGCAUCAAGGGCAUUGGACCCAAGCGAGCUAUCGAACUGAUCAACAACUACCGGGAUAUAGAGACCAUUCUGGAUAACCUGGACUCUAGCAAGUACACUGUGCCAGAGAACUGGAACUACAAAGUGGCGCGGGAACUCUUCAUCGAACCGGAAGUAGCGAAUGCCGACAACAUAGACCUCAAGUGGGUCGAGCCGGAUGAGGAGGGUCUUGUCAAGUUUCUUUGCGGCGACCGGCAGUUUAGCGAAGAGCGUGUUCGCAACGGUGCCAAAAAGCUGAUGAAAUCCAAGCAGGCCCAGACUCAGGUGAGACUUGAUAGCUUCUUUAAGACCCUGCCCAGCACUCCGAAUGCCACAAAUGCUGCCAAGCGGAAGGCCGAGGAAGCAAAGAAGAGCGCCAACAACAAAAAGGCCAAGACCAGCGGCGGCGGCGGUGGACGAGGCAGAAGACCCAAGUAGUUGCACCGAGUCUUAUCUGGAAAAACGUACAAUUCUUUAAUGUUAACUUAACCGUAUUUAAAGCCUAUGCCUACAAUAAAAACUACUUCUUUGAGCUUAA